GUGCGAGAGAGAGACGGGAGACGAGGCGGCGGCGGCGGGAAUAACGAGCUACGCCGGAGGGAUGCGAGGACCGACCGGAGGAGGAGAGCGACGUGGUACGUGUGACUCAGUUCGGCAUCGCCGUGGCGAUAAGCCCGCGUUUCUACUGUAUUGAGCCACGAGGAAAUGACUCGGUGAAAGAAGGGCCGAGAGAAGAAAAGAGCUCUGAAGGGGGGGCAAUAAAACCAAGGAAGUGAGAGCCACAAAAGUCGAAUGACGCAGGGCGUGAUGGAGAGCCAAGCGGGUCCGGUCUAUAACUUGGCCGUCCUUCCUCCCGUUGGCCCGGAGGACACAGCGGUUGGAGAGGUCGAACGGCCAAUGUGAUUGACACAAAACUGAAGGACAGGUUGCAUCCUCCCUGCUUGUUUGCUCAGAAUCGGACUCUCAGAAGGAUGGCAGGCGAGAGCAAGAGAAGAUAUGCGGCAGUUUGAAGAAUAUUUAAACUGCAUACAUUUAUUUUUCUACAGAUAAAAGAUAAAGGACUUGAUUCUCUUCCUUUUGACCUUUCAUCAUCUUGACCUGUGAAAAUGACUUUACCUUGGAUUCGAGACAAGGGAUAACCUGUGCACGAGCCAAAACGGACGUCAUUCCAGACGACACGUCACAGAAACUCCCGAUCUCUCGCUGUAUUAAUGUCGAUAAGGCAAAUGGAAAAUCAAUGUCCUUAGCGAUACACCGAUAAGCCCGGCCGGGCCUUUUGCGUCACAUCGGACUGCCCGCAGAGUCGUUGGAUGUUGGGGGAGAGCCAGAGGAAAGAGCCAUGGUGAGCAAAGAGCCCAACCUUUUGCUGACGGGCCAAACCAACGGCAAAAGUGCCCUGGCAGAAAAAACGGGGACAAUGACCGUGCGUUCGGUGCUGCUCAAUCGCGACUCCCCGGAUAUCGAGAGUCGCCUGAGGCGGCGCCGCAACCGCACCCACCAGGUCCGCUUUAAAGACCUGGAGGACGGUAGCAGCAGCAGCGGCAAUAGCGGCACAGGUGAGAACAGCCACCAGAGGCCGACAGCGGACUGCGAUAGCCCUCAUCCUCUGCGCAAACAUGGCAGCAGGUCCCCCAAGGGACCGUGGGGGGACAGGGACGGACCACGAACUGACAGCCUCCCCGGUCAGACCUCCGUGGUGGGGGCGGUGCGCGGGGACAUGGCGAGUACGAUCGAGGUCGUGGCUGCUUUCUUGGCCAGGGCCCCUCCGCAUCCGCUGACACCGGGGCCCACGCGUCGAUGCUGGGCACCGCCACAGAGCAACUCCCUGACCCUGCCAAUGACGCGCAAGCCAAGCACCAGCACAGCCAUCCAGACCUCGCCAUGCCUGAAAAAGUCGCUCUCCUCCACACACACCCGAAGCCCCAGCCUUGGUGAUUCCUUGGGCAUAGAUGGCGACGAUGAACACGACUCCCAGGAUGAGUACUUGUCACACAACCACGUGGCGCUGCCGGGCUCCAAGGAUCUGAACGGUUCUCAAGGGCCUGUGGAUCGAACUGUGCUCGAACGGAGGUCGAAAUCCUCCAAGACGGACGUGAAAUCACCUGUCGCUGUCACAAAAAACUCCAGACACAGUUGUCCUCCAGCAGUCCUUCACAACACCGAGCCAUUACACUGUCCCACCGCGUCCUGCCGAGACGGCCCCAAGCGGCAGGGCAGUGUGACCCCCUCGCUGGUCAGGAGGCGAAAACGUCUGAAUAGGACAACGAGCGAUCCUGGAAAGGAAGUGCACUACUGCACCACUCCUACUCAGACUGAAAGCCCUCGUCCGACAACGCCGCAUUCAAACACCAGACUUUUUACUUCGCGAGUUCAAACAGAGUGCACGUCUGCCCGUUUAAAAUAUUGCACUACGCAAAGUCAAACGGAGGGUAAACAACAGUCGGGAGUCCAGAUUCAAAACAGCGACUCAAAUUCGACCCUCCCUUUAAAUAGCACUCAGCGCACCACUCAGAUACAAACAGACUCUCGCUUGCCUUCGCCUCCAGACCGUCCACCGUCCCAAACGCAAACAUCUGGCCUGAACGCUUCACCGCAUCUGUUAGAAUCGUCAAACUCAGAUCCAAUUCAAGUCGAGAGUCCUCGAGCGCCAAAUGGCAUCCACGAGCCUCCCUCCACACAAAUAACUACUGUGCCUUACUGUUCAUCUCCACCCCCUACAUGCGCACCGACACCGGGCCCUGAACAAUGCACUGAGCCAUCUUGCGCCCCGUCGAUCAAGCCGGCUAGCGUCCCCUCACAGCCCUCGGCGUCCCUUCCCGUUUCUUGCUCCGCACCCACUGUGAUCCCGCAGCCCAUCUCGUACUAUACCCACGUGACUCCGCCGGAAUUUGCCAGUGUGCCACUCGUCCGCUCCGCCCCACUGUCAGCAGCACCAGCAUGCGCUACUGCAAAGUGCGGCUCAACUGUGUCAAACAUGGCAUCAUCAAUAACCCUCGCCCGCCUUACUCCUUCUCCUGCAAGUAACCCAGGUGGGGCUCCGUGUGAUCCCACACACCAAACACAACCACAGGCUACAAAUCUCCCACCCUGUUCAAUAGUGACCCAAACUGCUUUGUCUUGCACCUCCAUCUCCUACUACACAGGCUCUCUCCACAAUUCCACCACCCCUUCGUGUACAACCCUCAUACAAACCGUAGCGCACUGCAACAUUCCAUGUCAAGCUUUGCAAAACACCUCGUCGGUCAACGUCGGCGUGGUGCCCUACUCCGCUCCGGUCCCCAAACUGACGUGUACGUCCCCGCAGCCGCCCGUCAAUCUUCCAAACGCGCACCACUGCGCCACGCCGACAAAAGCCGUUCCUCUGUACUCGUUUCGAGCAGCGCCGCCAUACACCCCUCCCUCUCAGGCUCCCUUGAAUGCUCAGGAUAAGAGGGGCAUUCGACUCCCACCCCCUGCGCCGCCGCCACCGCCCUACACGCCACGUAAAAAAGGAAACGACCCGCCGGCGGCGGCUGCGGUCCGACCAUCUGUGCUCAGUGCAGAGAGCAAAGCCAAUGAGAAGGAUAAAGACGAGGAGAAAGAGAAGAAAGAAGCUGUAAAAGGCACGGACAUGCCGAAGCUCUGCGAAAGAGCCAGCUCUCCGAAGCACAGGGCAAAAACUCCGCCAGUGAAGGGAGAAAAGCCAUCCUCUCCCGCCAAGGCCUGUUUUAAGCCCAGCUGUCUCAGCUCAGCCCAGGCUCAGCUUGGGGUACUACACAAAAUGCUCUGCGCAGGAGCCAACGCUUCCAACAGCCAACACGCUCUCCCUCCAAACCAGCAGGGAUGUGCCGUUUCCGGGGAGAAGCCCCUGAGUCCUGCCCAAGCUGACACGUUGAGGCAGGUACAGGAGAUUCUGGGAGGCUUAGUGUCCGGGGCCAGGUGUAAAUUGGACCCGGCUCGAGUGACAGAGAAGCUCCUGGGUCCCAACGGGCCCUUGCGUGACAUUCGCAGCCUGCAGCACCAUCUCCACAGUCUGGAGGGGGUCCUGGAGACCAGCCAGAAUACCAUCAAGAUUCUACUGGAUGUCAUUCAAGAUUUGGAGAAGAAGGAGGCCGAGCGAGACGGAAGACAUUCAUACCGAACCGGUCAGGACAUUGAGAACUGCGGGACCUGCAGGGAUUGUGCGUGCAUCAUCUACAGCGUAGAACACGACUUUCGUCUUCAGGAGGGGCAGGUGGUCCGGACGUGGAAGGUGGGCGACCCUCCCGAGGGCUCGCCCCAGACCUCAACUCCUCCCUCCAGCACGCCCAGCCAACAAGACUCUCCCCAAGCUGUGCGUCCCACUGCGCCCACCAAGAAGAACAGGAAAAAAUGCUUCUGGUUCCUCUGA